UAUGGCCGGUACAUCCGUUCGGCGCUGCGCCAGGAAAAGGGGCUCUCUGCUGUCGCUGACCUCCUGACCCACGACAGUGAGCGGGUGGUGAAAGCAGCAUCCGGCGCCUUGCGUAACCUGGCAGUGGAUUCCCGCAAUAAAGAACUGAUAGGUAAACAUGCCAUCCCCAACCUAGUGAAGAACCUGCCAGGCGGGCAGCAGACCCCAGCCAAGAACCUGUCUGAGGACACGGUGGUGUCGAUCCUGAACACCAUCAAUGAGGUCAUUGUGGACAAUCUGGAGGCCGCCAAAAAACUGCGUGAGACUCAAGGCAUUGAGAAGCUGGUGCUGAUCAACAAAUCUGGGAACAGAUCAGAGAGGGAAGUCCGAGCUGCUGCCCUUGUCUUGCAGACAAUUUGGGGGUAUAAGGAACUGCGGAAGCCACUGGAGAAGGAAGGAUGGAAGAAAUCUGACUUCCAGGUGAAUCUAAACAAUGCCUCUCGGAACCAGGGAGGUAACUCGUUCGAUGACAGCACCUUGCCCCUUAUUGACAGGAACCAAAAAGCAGAUAAGAAAUCCUCCCGAGAGGAGAUCCAGAUGAGCAACAUGGGACCAGACAACAACUACACCACACUGGAGGAGAGAGACCACAAUAGGACCCUAGACCGGUCUGGAGACCUGGGCGACGUGGAGCCGCUGAAGGGAGCACCGUUGAUGGAGGAUGAAAGGCAGGAUUCCCUGCAUGAGGAGGAUGACGAUCUGUUGGCUUAUCCCCCUAUGCAGAAGAUCUAGUCUCCUCCCUACCUCCGCUCAGUUUGGGUUUAUAGUAUGUUAUAUACAACUCUUUCUUUGUGGUGGAAUGGACUGAUUUUUACCUUACUUUUGCUGGACUCUUUGUGCCAACUACCCAGCCAAAUAAUUGGCCCUCUGCACCCCUUCUGCCUGGGGGUGGGGGACAUCCGGACAGGGCCCCCUCACUCCCUUCUGUAGACGGCUGCUCCUCGAUCCUUGGACGCCUUUUUAUCUUUCCUUCCAAGAGCAACUCCUGCAGACCAAAUACUUCUGAGGGAUCUCACUGGAGCGACUAAGGCAGGCUCUUCAAGGAACUCCUCCUCUGACGCCACAAUCUCCUGCUGCACUCACAGCGCAAGGUGGAUCUCAGUGGAGCCCUGUUGUACUGGGAUUGCUUUUCCUUUAAGAGACAUCAGCUCUGCUCCUGGAGGCAGGGGUCCAAGUCCACUGCUGCCUCUUAGCCUAUAGAAUAUAUUUUUGUGUGUGAUCACUUUGCAACAAAGGAUGCUGGGAAUACAGGAACAUUCCAGGCAGUGGUGAUGGGAGGGGUAGGGACUGGCAGUUGCUGGGAGGGGGAGGGGGAAAUCGCAAUACUCCUGUCUCAUGAUUGAUUGCAUUUGGAUGCCAGAUGGUGGUUGUGGGGAAGUCUGUCCUGAGUGGACUUCUGUUUGGUUGGCCUAUUGCCUCUUAUCUGGGGGGAGGAGACGUGUGUAAAUGGAUGUGCAAGGGUGGGGAUUGGAUCACUUUGCUUCCUACUCUGUAGGGGGGCCUGGGUGAGUGUUCAUCCGGAUGGGUUGUUCAGGGGCAGGUAUUUGAGAGAGGAGCCAGCUUGGGAGACAGUGGCGAGGGAUGUGAGGGAGAAGAUCCUGGUAUGUAGCAGGGGCAGGGCUGGCUCUCCGAUGGGAAGAGGGUGUUGGGUUUUUUAAGAUAUGCACUGUUUCGUUAACUGUCCUAAGUCUGAGAGGUGCCAUGGCUUUGGGUAUGCUGGGAGGAGGGGGGUGAUGGAUUGGGAGGGGUGGUGAUAGGAAGCAAAAACUGGCUUGGAACUACUAUCCCCAUCCCAUACACAUCGGGUAAAUGUAGCAGUGUCUGUCGAUCUCUCGACACGUGCCUUUCUUUGCCACUGUGAAACAGUUUCUUCCAACUCAUAGGCCCGCUCGCCUGGUAGAGGAGGCGGCGUGUUUUUGGAUUCAAGGAGUUGGGGAUCUCUGGCAUAGACUAGCUUCUGCUCUCCUCCCCACUUGGGGUUCUGGCCUUACUGUGUUGAUACCUCCCCUGGACACAAGGGGUAGCUGGAUUCCCAGGAAUGUUUGGGUUGUGGGGAUAAGUAGGGGCUUCUCUUUCCUACCUAAAUCCUCAUUGGAGUGAGGUGGGGAAGGGAGAGCAUUGUCAGCCUGCACAUAAUGGGAUUGCCUGCUGAGACUGGGAAGCUUCAAGUGGUCUUGGCCUCCCCACCCCAUUCAGCCAGGUGGAAGGGGAAACCAUGGGUGCUCUGAUGAAGGGGGUGUGUCUUUGCCUCCCCAUGGAAGACGUUCCUAGCCCCUCUUCUGCAUACAGUGCAACUGUAAGCCUCCCCUUAAGGCCACAAACUGGACUUGGAUUGCUCUAGUCUAGUGUGCUCAAAUGGGAUUCUCAUUUUCCCCCCCACUGUGCAUGCACUACACAAGGGAGAAGGUCUGGGCUGGGAGAUCUGUGCCUCUCUAACCCCACCUUUGUUGCUUCCAGCCUCUUUCCCUUGGAAAGGACUGAAGUACAAAUCCAAGCUGUCUUUAUGGGGUCUAACUCUUAUGUAUGUAAAACACUAAUUCCUUUUUUAAUUCCAGAUGAACCAAAAACUCCUCCUUUCCCCCACAGACUGCUUUAGCACCUGCAGCGGGGAACCAAUAACUGACUAUUUUGCUCUUUUCUGCACCCCUUGUUGUGGGGUGCGGGGAACCUGUUCUCUGUCUGAUUCCUGCGCGCGCUCUUGUAAUGCUUUUAAAACAAAAUGAUUUUUUUAUAUAAAUAAAGUUUUUAAAGUGUGUA